CCCAACUAAACGGAGUUGCCUUUGGAAUUCAGUCAGAUUUUCAUUAGUGAUUAAAGGAGAAGCAAUCAGAGCCAUGGCAAGUGUUACAGAUGAACAGAUACAGAAGUACCAAAAUGAAGGAUACCUGAUUCUUGAGAACUUUUUUGCCCAUGAGGAAUGUGAUGCUAUGAGAGACCGAAUUCAGAAGAUUGUAGAUGAAAUGGAUGUACCACUCUACUGUCGGACUGAAUUCUCCACUCAGCAAGAGGAACAGCUCAGAGCCCAGGGAAGUGCUGACUAUUUCAUGACAAGUGGAGAUAAGAUACGAUUCUUCUUCGAGAAAGGAGUAUUUGAUGAAAAAGGUAACUUUCUUGUACCAAAGGAGAGAUCCAUUAACAAAAUUGGACAUGCUCUACAUGCCUUUGAUGAUGUCUUCAAAACGAUUACCCACUCUCCAAAAGUUCAGGAGUUAGGAAGAAAGUUAGGACUGCAGGAUCCUGUGAUAGUACAAAGCAUGUAUAUAUUUAAGCAACCUGGAAUUGGGGGUGAAGUUACACCCCACCAGGAUGCAACCUUCCUGAAUACCAGUCCUCUAGGGAAAGUAAUGGGGUUCUGGAUUGCACUGGAGGAUGCAACAAUACAGAAUGGCUGUCUCUGGUUUAUCCCUGGCUCUCACAAAGAUGGUAUUUCACGCCAAAUGGUAAGAACACCAGAGGGUACAUACCCAAGGACACAGUUUCGUGGUUCUGAGCGGAACUAUGAAGAUAAUCAAUUUGUAGCAGUCCCUGUUAAAAAAGGAAGUCUUGUCCUAAUCUGUGGGGAAGUAGUCCACAAAAGUGCUCUGAAUACUUCUGAAAAGUCACGCCAUGCUUAUACAUUCCAUAUUAUGGACUCUAGGGGCACCCAUUGGAGUGAGGAAAACUGGUUGCAACCAACUCAAGAACUACCAUUUCCAUCACUCUAUACACAGACGUAAUUAAUUUAUAGCAGAAGAACUUUAGAUAUUUUUGGUCUUAAAGAUGGCAACGUUGGAUGGAGCUGUACACUUGGUAUUUGGCUGUUUACCAUCUGAAUUGGAUAAAUUCUCAGAGGAACAUAAUCGUGGUCUGGGAUACAUAAUCAGACAUUUUUUUGUCUUUGCCAAGUCCCUCUCAUUCACAGAUUUCAUACAUGCCAUUUUGUGAUGUACAUGAAUUUUUACCUCUUCUGUCUACAUUUGGCUUGUGUCUAAAAAUGAAAAAAAUACUUCUCUCUACAUAGUUCUAUUUGUUCUACAUGAGGAUAAUAUUUUAAUCCGGUUUGAUGUACUUUUGUCUAAAUUACAUUUAAAUGUGAAAUGUUAACUGAAGCAAAUGUAUGUAGUUUAGAUUUCAUUUAAAAAAAAAACAGUGAGCAUAAUCAAGCACCCUAUCUUUUACAGCCUCUGUCAACUUGAUCCCCUACUUUGUAUAACAAUGAAGUGAGCAAAGAAGUUACGCAACAGCAGUCAUUUUAUUUGAAAAAGGUUUUUAAACUGCAUAUUUUUAUAAAAUUAUGCAACUGUCUGUAAUCCUGCACUUUCUUUUCUAGAAAAUGUUAUACUCUGAGAAAGUGAAAGUAAUACAGAAAUCUGAUGUUU